AUGCUUCAUCACGUCCCUGCAUUCAACGACUGCGUUCUCACCUGCACUGAUCUCGACGUUCGCUCGCAGACCGGCACCAGUCUGGGAAUUCUGACACUUGUCAUCCUGACGGGCAUCGCCAGCAGUGCCUUCUGCUGUCUGCUUCUUCACUGUCGAAAGAAGGACUUCAGACAUCCAGACAUAAGAACCGCUCUCAAAUGGCACUCUUUCCUGGACUUCUUAUUUCUUAUCUGGUUCAUGACUCUGGUCUGCACGUUGCGCUUGUCUCUGCUAGACGACUGCAAAGCUUGUCGCGCCGUCUACUUGGGCGUAAUGCGGAUGGGCAGGAGUGUGCUGACUACGCUGCGAAACUGGAUCGCGGUGUGGAUCGGUUUCCAACGCUACCGUCUCACAUGUCGACCUUCGGGAACAAGAAUGGCGACCGACAACUUUGCCCAUUGUCGGCCCGCCUACCGAGGUGCAUACAUUCUCAUCGCUGUGCUGGUGUUUAAUUUGCCUGAAUUUCUUGACUAUGUUUUGCUACAAUGCAACCGCGGUGACAGUCGUCUUGUGCUCUUUCAAAAAGUGCAUGUGCUAGGGCGUUUUGUGGUGAUCGUUAUUCUUCCCCUAUGCCUGCUCAUCUUCUUCAGUCAGCAAAUUCUUGUGCGGAUUUGGGGGCUGAUUGACCUGUAUCGGCACUGUCAACCACCAAUGCCAGGCACCAUGACGCACAUUCGGCUCUCCUGCUUGCAAAUCAACCGACUAUUGUUGGCUUUUAUGUUCUGCUAUGUCGUUCUAAGUAUACCCGGCGUAUGGUAUGUGAUCCAAUGCCUGAUAAACAUUAUGGGCGAGGAGGACUGUAGGUUGGACCGGCCUCGGACGAUGGCUUGGAUCACGUCUGCUGUGUGUGCAUGCCUUACCUCCACCACAGACUUUAUGAUGUACUUCCUCUUUUGGCCAACUUUCAGACGUCUUACUAUCGAUUUUGCAAGGAGUUUCUGUCAGAUACUUGUCCGAAAUCCUUGUAAUCAGUAA